AUGCCGCGAGCAUGUGUGCUAGACUUCAGAGGAAACUGGGAUAUGUACCUCCCAUUAGCAGAAUUUGCUUAUAAUAAUAGUUACCAUUCUAGUAUUCAGAUAGCUCCAUAUGAAGCCCUAUAUGGCAAGAAGUGUAGAUGUCCCUUGUACUGGACAGAACUUAACGAGAGAAGGAUGUAUGGUCCAAAUUUAGUGGAUCAGACCUCGAAACAAAUUGGGAUUAUCAGGCAGAGACUCUUAACAACUCAGAGUAGACAGAAAAGUUACGUAGACAUUAGGAGAAAGCCCUUAGAAUUUGAGGCUAGAGAUCAUGUAUUUCUCAAGGUAUCUCCAACCAUAGGAGUAAGUCGAUCCAUCAAGACAAAGAUGCUGAAUCUAAAGCACAUUAAACCAUUCCAAAUCCUCUUGAAAAAGUACCAUCUAGACCCAGUGCAUAUUGUGGAAUACGAUGAUAUUACACUUCAAGAUAACCUGUCUUUUAAAGUGGGACCAGAUCGCAUUAUUGAUCGGAAGGUCAAACAACUGAGGAAUAAGCAGAUCCCACUAGUUAAGGUUGUUUGGGAGGAACUAUCCAUAGAGGAAGCAACUUGGGAAGUAGAAGAAGAUAUGAAAGAAAAGUAUCCAAAACUUUUCGAUAAAGCUCUGCAGCAAGUUGAGUUCUCACAGGAGUGGUUUCCUGUGAUUGCUAUGGUAGUGGUAUGGGCUAGGUUAUCCCGGUUACUCUUUACCAAGACUGCUGUAACUGUGCCAGUGCUACCGCUAUUGCUGUAG